GUGACAGUGUGAGAGCGUGUGCGCUGCACCCGUAAACGAUGAAGAGCAAGGUGUCCAUCAACUCGAUCGUCUCGAUCAUUGAGUGGAACGUGAAGUUUUACCGGCUGGUCGGUUUGGCCCCGUUCGAGCUCAACACGAGCCACGUGCGGCUGUCGAAACCGUUCUGCUGUGCGGUCGGUGGAUUCGUCACGCUCUACUGGACCGCGAUGGUGUCCUCGAUAGCAACCAGCAACCAUGCGAACGAUCGGAUCUCGCGCAUCUCCAACUACUUUCAGCUGAUCACGAACGCGAUCAUGCUGACGGCGAUACUGCUCAUGCCGGCCUUUCGGUUGCGCAAUUUCGCCGAAGUGACGCGCGCCCUGCGCAAGCUGGAGCACGACCUGCAGAAGGACUCGCUCGGCAGCAACUUUCGCCGGAUGGUACGGUGGAACGUUGGCAUCGUGUGCGGAACGCUCGGUGUGCUGGUGUUGGCGACCGGGUUCGACUGCUACGUGACGGUGUUUCGCGGCUCGAUCCGGGCGGACUACUGGAUCAUCACGAUACUGCCCCAGUUCGUGAACGUGAUCGCGGUGACGCAGGCCAUACUGCUGCUGCUGUACAUUAAUGGCCGGUUCCGGAUGCUGAAUCGGCUGCUGGUGGAAGAGCAGCACCCGGUGGCGGGCAGGAAGCAUACGUACGAGCAGUCCGGCCGGCUUACCGUGGCCGGGCCGACGAACGAUCCGAAAAAGUUGAGCCUGCACGUGAUCGAGGUGCACGGUUGCGGGAUGGACGGUGCAUCCUCGCACAAGCAUCUGCACCAGCUGCCGAAAGUCCUGUACCGGUACAACGAUCUGUACGACAUCUGCAAACUGCUCGAUCGCUACUUUGGCUUGCUGUUUCUGCUUACCUUCACCUCGAUCUUUAUCGUCACGACGAUACAGCUGUACUACAGCUACACCAUUCUGUACUGGUUUACCGGCGAGAAUGGGUUCACGAUCUGGUCGCUGAUGGUGUGCCUGAACACGAUUUCGAUCAAUCUCGGGAUGCUGCUAACGAUCGUGCUGCUCUGCGAGCAGAUUUCCAACCGUACGAAGCAGGCGAACGAUCUGCUGGCGGACCUGCAGCUGCGCGGUUCGCGCCAUCUAUCCUCGGAGGAAGUCAUCAAGCUGACCAUACCAUUCCAGGCCCCGAACAAAGUGUUUAAGUUCUCGGCGAUGGGCUUUUUCCAGAUCGAUUGCAACAUGCUGUGCGGGAUGAUUGGGGCAAUCACGACGUAUUUGGUAAUCUACAUACAGUUCUACAUCCUGUACGCGGACGAGGUGAAAAAGUCAACGUUUGUGUCCCGGUUCCAGAUUUAAGCUACUGCACUGUUACGAUGCGUUGCUGUCCUCGGGAGAACCGAGGUGAGUGGUGGUGUAACACCACCCCGGAAAUGGUGGUUCGGACGAUUGUCUGCAUCUAUGUGUUGGCAAUAAACGGAAUGGCUUGAGUUGGAA